AUGCUAGACAUUGCAGAUGCCCUGAUUAUCGGCGGAGGGCCCGCAGGACUUGGAGUCGCAUUGGCCCUUUGCAGACAAAAUCACAGCAUUAUUAUCUUUGAUUCGGGGGACUACCGCAACAAAUAUGGAGAGAUGCACAUGGUCUCCACCUGGGACCAUCGACUCCCAGAAGAAUUUCGCACCGCUGCCCGCGCUGAGCUGGUAGAAAGAUAUUCAGGGCAAUGUACUUUCGUCCAUCAGGAAGUACUCUCCAUCAGUCGGGUCGAGGAGAACGCCAACGUACCCGGCAGCGAAAGAACCCCAAGCAAAAGUGGCCCGUUUAAAGCCAUUGAUUCGUCUGAAACAGUAUGGCAUGGUCGAAAGGUUGUCCUCGCUACCGGGUCUCGAGAUCUGCUCCCAAGUAUCGAUGGAUUCGAUGAGUGUUGGGGCAAAGGUGUCGCCCACUGUCUCCUCUGCCAUGGCCAUGAAGAACGAGGCGCUGAGUCCAUUGGAAUCCUCGCAUUGGAUGAAUUUGCGGUGCCAUCAACUCUCAUGCGUGUGCUACGCUCUUGCAGACAGUUCACUUCGCGUGUCCGCGUUUAUACACACGGUAACACACGAGCGGCAGCCGAGCUGCGCGAGGCCAUGACCAUGGUCUCUGGAUGCGAUAUUGAGCCAGAUUUUAUUGAACGUCUGGAGAUGACUGCGACAGAUAACGGAAAGUCAACCCCGGGGGUACGUGUGGUACUAGAGGAGGCUGCACCACAGCAACAUUCCUUAGUUGUUUAUCACCCAGGAACCGAGCAAGCGAGUGAUCUACCAGAGCAACUAGGGGUAAAACUCACCCCGGAUGGUGACAUCAUGAUCGGGGACUGGCAAGAAACAUCCCAACCGGGCGUCUUUGCGACUGGUGAUUGCGCUUCUCGCCACAAAUACUUUGCCUCUGCGUCUGCCAUGGGUCAUCUAACUGGCGCUAGUGUUGCACAACAACUGCAAGCAGACGUGAAAUACAUGAUAUCACAUCAUGAGAGUGGUUAA